AUGCUUGUCCAACGUGUGUUCAUCACCUAUAAGUUGACACUCUCGCCUUCCCCAUCGAAGAUGCCAUCGUCAACAUCCCCACACCCCGACCCAAGGGACAUCGAGCCACAUCCUGAGCGACCAAAGAACGUGAAUGGCGAUGUAGACUACGUGCCUCACCCAGAGAGGUCGAUCUCACUUUCGCCUUCACGGGCGGCCAUCCAGAAAAGCAUCAUUGCUCUUUACGGGGGCAGUGCCUCGGAAGACGACAUGAAGGUCUAUGCCGAGAAGGCCAUCUACGACGAUCCAUUCAGUUACUGCGACACGCGAUACAAGAUAGCAGGCCAGUGGUAUGGUAUCCCAAAACUGUUUUCUAAGUCUGAGACACUGGCUACGGAAGUCACGUCGUCGACGGAGCACGAACUUGUCUGGAAGCAGCGGCAGAAGUACACUUUUGCUGGUAUUCAUGCCUCCAAAGUUGCAGACAGUCUUAUCAGCCUUAGGCUUGAAGGCGAAGAGCCUAAUGAGAAGGUUGUGUAUCAUAAGGAUAUGUGGAAUGCCAAGGACUACUCUCAUGAAGGGCUUGGUAUGCUCAUUAAGAAGCUGAACGGGGACACAUUGACAAACAUCACCAAGCCGCCAGAAUCGACCUAA